GAUGGAAAAAUUCGCGCGUGAAAUUGAUUUGGAAAGUGUCGGAAAGGUGUUGCGAAUUGAACAAAAUUUAGUCGGCGAUGUCGGUUGCGUCGUGUGGGACGCCGCUUUGGCGCUUGCCUUGAAGCCGUUAGUGAACACUGUGUUGAAGCUGUGUGGAGAGAAAACAACCGCCUUGAAGCCGUUAGUGAACACUGUGUUGAAGCUGUGUGGAGAGAAAACAACCGUAAUGAUGAGUUUCGAGGACCGGUCGGAAAGUUUCGCUGAACACGGAAAGCUGGUUCGAGAAUUUUUCGAUUCCAUGAAGGAUAAUGAUUUUGAGUGUGAUGCUGUUCCGUGUUGCCAACAACAUCCCGAGUUUGUCGCGGAGGAGAUUAAAUUGUUCGCAUUGAAGCGCAAGUCAAAGUGAAACACCAAGCUUUUAUUUUUACAUUUUUUUUUUUUU